AUGCUCGUCUUAUUGGGAGAAGUCACAGUACAUAAAUCAUGCACCUCCAGUAUCCUCUCUGCUAUACGCUAUUUUCCGAAGGUCUGUGUCUUGGUUAACGUACUGACCUGUAAGCAUGUUCUUGUUCCAUGCCUAUGCACAGCUGCCGUCGAGCUACGGAAUACAACUUUUGGGAGAACACAAGUUUUGGGAGAAUUCAAUUUUGACAUUAUGAAACGCCAGCUGCGAAUUCUAAAUAAUCCAAAGUCUGCAUCUGGAGGCUCAAAAUUAGAGGACGUCACAAUUGAAGUUGUAGAUGUGGAGACGGGAAGGGUUGAUGAAGAUAUGGAUGGUGUAACGUACGCCUUAGCUUUAGGAUGGAACAAGGCAGUUUGUAUUCCUUUAAAGAGAGGGAGGUGCACCUUACCUGAUAUAAUAUUACCGAACAAGACAGAGUUGUGGACAGGGAAAGUUUUUCUGGCUGAGCAUCCGGAGAUCCGAGUGGUGAUGAGGGUGGAAAUUUUGGAGACUUGGGUGCUACCAGCGAUGGAGAAUACUUCUGAAUAUCCACCGAUUUCAAGAAUAGCCCUGGCUUCUCUGCCACCACAGGAAUUGGCAAAAGUAUUAGAGGCAUCAAUUGAGCGCCAUAAGGAACUAGAGAAAAAGGCCAAGCAAAAAGGUCGACAGGUGGGACUUAUGGAGAGCGAAUUGGAAGAACGUAAGAAACGUCUAAAAAUGUUUGGGGAGAGACAAGCGUACUUACAUAACCAACUAAGAUCUCUCCAGAAGAAUGAACAAGAUGAGGACGGUGGUGACUCCGAGUAUAUAGAACAAGCAGAGAUGGAAGAGGACAAGCUCGAAACCUACAAUUCAAAGAAACUAAUGUCAGAAUUACAGAAAUUGGGAGAUCCUCCAGGAACUCAUGCUGCUAGCGUUCUGCUGGACGCCAUUGUGGAUGAUCAUAGAUUAGUAGAAGGGAUUGGUAAAGACGUCAUCGGACUGGUGGCCAUUUUGGCGGAAGUUGAGAGCGACUCUAUAAGCACUGCAUUGGCAAACUUCUUAGGAGAGGACACGAUGACUUGUAUAAUCUGCAAGACAGUUUUGGGGAUUCAGUUUCUUGGAGCACACUAUGUAGGACAUCAGUCGCUGGGUCUGCAUGGAUUGAUCAAGGACCGAAACUCCAGUAUUAGUGGCAGCUUCGGGGUGAUCUUGGCCGAUCCGUGCAGUUCCUACAAGCGUGAUGAUGGUGAGCAGGCUGUGAUUGAUGAUCACCCACAAAAGCUUCUGCAUUUGAGUCCCUCAGCUGACAGCACAAGACCAAAGCCAUUAGGUUUCAUUGAUUAUGCUGUAAAUCUCCUACAAUUCCACAAAGGAUAUACUCUUUGCUUGAAAGUUGGAGAAUUUGGUCUUCGAGAAACCUUGUUUUUCAACCUUUUUGGAUACUUGCAAGUGUAUGAUACAGUGGAGAAUAUGAUGAGGGCGAAAGAGUACAUACAGACAUCCGCAGUAUCUCUUGAUGGUGGUGUGCUCUAUGAUAAGCGAACAUUACACUUCAAGACAAUAUUAGGAAAAAGUCCCACCAUUCGUUUUGCAGUUGCAUCUAAAACAGAAAUAGUCGAUGCUCCACAACGACAACCACCUCCUGCACGACUCAAGCUGAUGCAAGAGAUUAAGAAGACAAGUAACCAGGCUGCGGAGGAAUGUUCCAAGAUUUCAGUUCUUUUAAAAGAACUGAUGCAAUCAAAAAACAGAGCGAAUCAGUUGACACAGGAUCUGACCAAAGAAGCUGCAUUUACUGCAGGUCUUGUAGCCAAAGUGAAAGAGAAUCAUUGCUGAAUCAGACGUUACAUUGCUGAUGCGUCUUUCGUUUCAUUUGCAGCAUAUUCCCCCAAUUUAGCUCAGUGAAAUUGUACAUAUACAUACGAGGAUUCAUUUUUGUAAAUAGUGGGAGUUAGACUCUAUUUGAAUGACUGGGUGUCUUCAAAAAUUCUUUUUUACAACAGGGGUGUCGCAGCAAAGAUGCCUGAAUUACAGUGUGUACAGACAUAAAUGCCCAGAGUUUAGUAGAAUGCGACACUGCGUUUAGAAA